CAUCAUCGUCGUGGAACAAGGACAAACAAACGACAAAUUCUAUAGCCCAAACAACAAUUGUAUUGGCCCUAAUUAUUGUCAUCCAAGCCACUGCAGCCAGAAUUUUUUUUCUUCUCUAGAUUCAAAACAAAUUUUUUUCAAGUUUAACAAUUUAAUCAUCAUCAUCAUCAUCUAAAUACCCGUAUUGCGUAACCAGUUUCGAAAUAGAAAGAAAAAACUUGGAUUUAAAUAAAUUUGAAACAAAUUGAAUUGCCAAUUGUAGCAUGUUCCAAAUGGAACAACAACAACAACAACAACCGACCAACCUACCACUAUUUGAAUCUAAAUAUUGUCAUUAUUAUUAUUAUCAUUAUUUUCGAUUCAAAGAAAAAAAAAGAGAUUAAUCGUGAAAACAGCCCCUAUGUAUAUUGUGGUUGGUGAUAAAGAUGGUGUGAUUCAAAAAAACCGAUCUCAAUUUUCCAAUUUCAUUAAAUGAACGAAUGAAUGAAUUAUUAUCGCUUUUUGAAACCUUGCCUGUUUCAUCAGAAAAAAAUGGUCUCUCAUAUCUUGUUUUUUUUUCUUCGGUCGAUUGUCUAUGAUUCGAACUUUAAUAUAAAUACUCGGACUCAUAUCAGAUUUUCUAUUUGUUUCACUCACACGCACACACACACACACAGAGAGAAAAAUCAUCGGUCCAAUUUUGUUUGUGUAAAAAAAAAAAAAAUCAACUAAUUGGUUUGUUGUCAUUCGAUUGUGUGUUCACGUGUUUGUGUUUUUGUGUUUCACCCAAGUGUGUCUGUGUUUGUUUGUUUGUCGGUCAACCUGAAAAUUUUUUAAUUUUUCUUUGAAAACAACAACAUUUUUUUUUCUUCAACUUAAAAAUAAUGUACAAGAUUGUUCUUAUUGUUGUUGUCGGUACGACCACUGUGUUACCGGCCGUUUUUGGUUACAAUUAUGGACAAAGUCUAAGUCAUGCAUAUUCAAAAGGUGGUGGUGGUGGUGGAUAUGAUGAUCAUUAUGCACCACAACCAUAUAAAUUUGGAUAUGAUAUUAAAGGUGACUACGGCGGUGGAUUAUACCAGAAUGAGAUGGGUGAUGAAUAUGGCAACAAAAAAGGAAGCUAUGGUUACACAGAUAGUUAUGGUAUCUAUCGUCAAGUGGAUUAUAUAGCGGACAAACAUGGUUUUCGUGCAACGAUUAAAACGAAUGAACCAGGAACGGCCAAUGAAAAUCCAGCAUCAGUUUAUAUUCAUUCGAAUGCUCCAGCCGUUGAUUAUACUUCUGCCGAAGGUGGUGGCUAUAAUUCAGCCGCCAAUGGAUACGGAAAGAAAUUAUCAUCAUCUGGUAGUCGUUAUGGUGUUGGUGGUAUGACUGCUGCAACUAGUUAUAUCAAAUCAUCAUCACCAUCUUAUUCUGAUGGAUCAAAUCAAAUUGGUCUAUACAAAUCGGCAUCAUACGCGAUUCCGCAAUAUUCAUCAGCAGCCAAAACAUUUCAUCCAAUGAUCAAUAGAAAUAAAGCUUCGCAAGCCGCUGUCGCCGCAUCAUCAUCAUCAUCAAUAUAUCAGAUGCCUGCAUAUUAUAUGGAACCAAAAACUGUAUACAAAAAUAUUCCAUAUAAAGCUUCGGCAUCAAAUCCAGUACCGAAAACAUUACAUUUAAAUGAUAAACAAAUAUCACAAUUAUAUGGUGUUCAAAUGAUUGCCAAUCUACAAAAAGAUUUUCAACGGAUUAAAAAUCGACAAAAAUAUUGAUUAAAUCGAUCUAACAAAUAAUAAAAUUAAAAAAAAUCAAUUUUGAUAUCUUUCUAUCUCUUUUAUGGCAAAAAAAAGACAUAUUAUCUACACAUAUUAUUUAUGUAUUCUGAUGUCGCUCAAUUAAUCAAUUAUUUUCAUUUUUUGCACAUUUUCACACUCGCCACCUACACACACACACACACACAGAAAUCUUU